GAUUCUUUUCAGCUUAAAAUUUUCAUUGUAAAAGCGGCGUGACGUCACAAAUAUAAAUGUGUAUUAUGACGUCACACAUUAUUCUUAGGGACGACGUCAGCAGUUCAUCUUGCGGUUAUGGCAGCACAUCAACAAACAAUUAUCUCUCGGUGAAAAUCGAAAAAGUGUCAAGGAAACAAGAAGAUAAAGGCAAACGAGGGAACUUUAGAAAGAACGAUGCUACCGAUAGUUUCUAACACGACUUUAAACAAUACGUCUUUAAAGUCACAGGACGCUGUCCAAGUACAAACAUCACAGAGUAAAGACGAUGUUGGAUCUAGGACCCAGAAUAGCAUACGUAGAAUGGCAAACUUUAAAGAUGUUCAAGUACCUGUUCGAAGGUUUAGAGCUGCAACACCGUACCAAAGACCAGUAAUUUUAGACAAUCGUGUAAAUGACGAAUCUGAAAAAGGUACGAAAAGUUCUUUAAGGGAAGUUGACAUGACGUCAUUUGCAAAAUCCCUUGAAGAAACCACUAAGCGGCCAAAUGUGACAAGGCCGACUUACAGUUACCCACUGCCUGUUGGCAGAGAUACAGGGAAUCCAAAACCAUGGUCCCCUGUGCCAUUUCCAAAACCUUCAAAACGGCCAGGACUGAUAACAAAUGUUCGCCAAGAAUACUCUGAUAGUAAGACUGAAGAUUUUAAGGGAGAAGAAUAUCAUGACCCGAAUAAUGUGUCUGUCACAAAAGCAGCAAUCACAACAGAUGGAAAACCUUCACCCACGGAAUUAAAUGCCGAUUGGAAAACAGACGUACUUGAAAUGGAAGGGUACAGAAGUCGCCUUCGUCGUCUCCGCACGUCCAUUAGCAAAGAGGCAGUUCCAGAAAACGAAAGCACGGGCAUUAGCAAAGCGGCAGUUUCAGAAAACAGAAGCACGGUCAUUAGCAAAGAGGCAGUUUCAGAAAACAAAAGCACGGGCAUUAGCAAAGAGGCAGUUUCAGAAAACAAAAGCACGGUCAUUAGCAAAGAGGCAGUUUCAGAAAACAAAAGCACGGUCAUUAGCAAAGAGGCAGUUUCAGAAAACAAAAGCAUGGUCAUUAGCAAAGAGGCAGUUUCAGAAAACAAAAGCACGGGGAUUAGCAAAGAGGCAGUUUCAGAAACCAAAAGCAUGGUCAUUAGCAAAGAGGCAGUUUCAGAAACCAAAAGCACGGUCUUUAGCAAAGAGGCAGUUUCAGAAAACAAAGGCACGAUCAUUAACAAAGAAGCAGUGUCGGAAAACAAAUCAGAUGGAAAACUUUCAUCCGCGGAAUUUAAUGCCGAACGGAAAACAGACGUACUUGAUUUGGAAGGGUACAGAAGUCGCCUUCGUCGCCUCCGCUCGGACAUUUUCAAAGAGGCAGUUCCAGUAAACGAAAGCACGGGCAUUAGCAAAGAGGCAGUUUCAGAAAACAAAAGCAUGGGCAAUAGCAAAGAGGCAGUUUCAGAAAAGAAAAGCAUGGUCAUUAGCAAAGAGGCAGUUUCAGAAAACAAAAGCACGGGCAUUAGCAAAGAGGCAGGUUCAGAAAAGAAAAGCACGGUCAUUAGCAAAGAGGCAGUUUCAGAAAACAAAAGCACGGGCAAUAGCAAAGAGGCAGUUUCAGAAAAGAAAAGCAUGGGCAAUAGCAAAGAGGCAGUUUCAGAAAAGAAAAGCAUGGUCAUUAGCAAAGAGGCAGUUUCAGAAAACAAAAGCACGGGCAUUAGCAAAGAGGCAGUUUCAGAAAACAAAAGCACGGGCAUUAGCAAAGAGGCAGUUUCUGAAAACAAAAGCUUGGUCAUUAGCAAAGAGGCAGUUUCAGAAAACAAAAGCACAGGCAUUAGCAAAGAGGCUGUUUCAGAAAACAAAAGCACAGGCAUUAGCAAAGAGGAAGUUUCAGAAACCAAAAGCACGGUCAUUGGCAAAGAGGCAGUUUCGGAAAACAAAACAGAUGGAAAAUUGCCCCCCACGGAAUUAAAUGCCGAAUGGAAAAAAGACGUACUUGAAAUGGAAGGGUACAGAAGUCGCCUUCGUCGUCUCCACACGGCCAUUAACCAAGAGGCAGUUUCAGAAAACAAAAGCACGGUCAUAAGCAAAGAGGCAGUUUCAGAAAUCAAAAGCAAGAUCUUUAGCAAAGGGGCAGUUUCGGAAAACAAAACAGAUGGAAAACUUUCACCCACGCAAUCUAAUGCCGAUUGGAAAGCAGACGUACUUGAAAUUGAAGGGUACAGAAGUCGCCUUCGUCGCCUCCGUACGGCCAUUAACCAAGACAUAGAGGCAAUUUCAGAAAGUAAAACGAUGGACGACGACCAUAAAGUAGCGCAGGCUGUUUCUGAACAGAAAGAAGAACGUGAUAAUACAGGAAGUCCACGGAAAUCUGACGACAGUGCAAGUGAUACUGAUACGUAUGAAAGUGAUGAUAAUGAAUGCUCAAGUGACUCGGAACAACAUGAUCAAAUAGCCAUGACGACGAGUUUUCACCACAAUGCUGUAGUACAGGACGACAUGAAACAGAGGGAUAAGCUCACCAUUUUUAGUUGUAUUUUAAACAUUUUCCUGUGGUUUUGGUGGUGUUUAAAGCAAUACUUGUUUUUUGCAUUUCUAAUGAUUAGAUAUUUCUUUUGAAUACAGAGUGUGUGUAAGUGAA